GUCACGUGAUUGGUUCUGCACAAUAUGGCAGGCACGUUGGAGGUGGAAACUCUGGAAGACGAAAUUUCAAAAUGCAAUCAGGCGUCGGAUGAUGCGCCGAUCUCACUUCCACCGCCUGUAGAACUUGAAAGCGUGCACGACGUCACCAUCGACAGAAUAGCUUCCAAGCUCCUCAAAGACAAUUUCAUUCUGACCGCUUUGGAACUGCACGCAGAGUUGCUGGAGAGCGGCCGAGAGCUGCCCAGGCUCAGGGACUAUUUCUCCAACCCGGGAAAUUUUGAGAAGCACAGCCACUCGUCGGCAUUUGACGUCUCGCCUGUUCUGCCUAGAACAUCCAGCGUGCAGACGUUUGACUCGUUGGACUUCGCGAGGUACUCCGACGACGGAGAGAAACAGCUGGACGAACGAGUUGCUGUUCUAGAAUUCGAACUCCGCAAGGCUCGGGAGACCAUCAAGAACCUGAGGGCCAACCUGACCGUUGUGACUGAGUCGGAUCCCAACACACCCGACAACGGCAGUGAGCAUACCACUGUCUCGGAAGAUCCAUUGCGGCCCCAUGAACGGAGGGCGGUAAAUUUCCUGGUCAAUGAAUACUUGCUUAAGCAAGACUACAAACUCACCUCCAUCACUUUUUCUGAUGAAAAUGAAGAUCAGGACUUUGAAGACUGGGACGAUGUGGGGCUCAAUAUUCCCAAGCCGCCAGACUUUCUGCAGCUAUACCGCAACUACAACAAGCAUGCUCGGCAGUGGUGUUCAACAACAGAGUGUGCAGCCCAGACAGAGGCCCUGGAUGAACCAAGUCCCUCCGCCAGAGAACAGGAACUCAAGGCAGUUGCAUUCGAGAAGGAAGUUCUGGAAACACAGGUGGAACAGUUGAAACUGCAACUGGAGAAAGCAAAUCAAGAGAAUGCAGCCUUGACCUCAGAGUUGGACAAGGCACUUAAUUCUCAGGCAGAGCUGUCCUUCAAGCCGGUCUUGCCAUUUGAGAUCAUGGCGGAAACUCUUUCUGAGAUGGUGGAACCAAGUGUUCCGGACAGUCCAUUGCUGACGGCCUCCAAGAGCCCCCUACGCAAAAGGCUGCCGGAAGAGAGGGGCAACUUGCCGGAAGAGGGUUCUCCCAUUGAUUCUACGUUCCACAAGGAUGAUCUCGACGUUGCAGUGUUUGGAGUGGAACAGGUCACCCCUGCCAAGUUGCGAGAAUCUCGACCCAUCACAACAGCAAGGAAAAUGUCGCCGGCAUUUCUCGAGGCCCUGGUUAGUGUGGGCCACCCCCAGAGCCAGCUGGCAGACAUGCGCCUUGCUUGGGACGUGACACAUGUGGCUGCCACCGGGGAUGAAGUUGUCCUAAUGCUGUCCCGCUGCUUGCCUCAUAUUGUGCCUAAUGUACUGCUGGCCAAGCGAGAGGAGCUAGUCCCCUUGCUACUAGCAGCCAUCAACUUGCACCCUGAUGCACGGGAGAGAGACGCCUUGCUCAACCUGCUCUUCAACCUGACCAAGCGGCCGGACGAUGACCAGCGACGGGUGAUACUGGCAGGCCUGUUGUCGGUGGCACAGUGUCUGGGCCAUGCACGCGUUGAGGCUGAGCUCUUGCCCCAGUGCUGGGAACAGAUAAGUCACAAGUACCCAGAGAGGAGGCUGCUGGUGGCCGAAUCCUGUGGCUAUUUGGCACCCCAAGUGGCUUCUGAGAUUCGAAGCUCUCUGCUGCUGUCUAUGCUGCAGCAGAUGCUCAAAGAAGAAAAGGAAGAGCUGGUCCGGCAGGCUGCCGCAAGAAGCCUUGCCGUUCUUCUGGCAUAUGUCGAUGACCCGGACAAGUUUUUGCAGGCAGUUGACUUGGCGCUGCUCGUGGUGGCUGAUGAGCAGCCAGAAAUGGCAGAGGUGGCGCAGUCGGUACUGCUUCCGUCUGUGGCAUGCUGGGCCCUGGAAAAAGGCCAGCUGGAGACAGCCCUGCUGACCACGCUCAUGAAGCUGCUUGAGGAUCAUGUCCGUGCUCUGGACAUGCGCUCUGCGGACGGAGUGAUGUCCCUGAGUCAGGCGGAAGAGCAGCACUCUGUGAACCUGGUGAAGGCUCUUGGAGCUGCUCUUCCUUUCCUCUUGGUUCAUGUGCUGGAGUCUGCGCCGUACGUGGCUCGGCUGAACCUCCACGACAGCAUAUCACCCUGUUCCUUGCCAGCCGACCGUCUACGGCCGUCCGAGAAUCCUUUGCUCGAACCCGCAACGAUAGUUGGAGACGACUCCCGAACUGCUCUUCUGGUGACUGCCUUUGACGAACACAUAGGCCAGGAGUGGUUCAAGACCUGGCCUGCCUUUGACUGGCUGCUGAGCAAAUUCAUUCCCUUCCUGACAAACAUUGCAACGAGCACCAAGCCUCAUAGCCGCUCUACUGUUCGUGCAUUGUCCGAGCUAGUGAGGAAUUUUUGCCAGCUCUUUGGUUGCACCUUUACUCACUCAAAAGUCAAGCCUGCCUUCUCCGCCCUGCUUCCACUGACCGAUGCCUCCAGCGUCGCAUCCAGGGAGGCACUGACGAAUGCCACAGCGCCCAUUUAUGCGUGCGGUGUGCUCACAGCUUUUUGUUCUGUAAGUGUGACAUCAGCCCAGUGUUGUAGCAGCUGGGAAAUUGACUGUGGCACAAUGUUGCAGGAAACUGACCGUAGGGAAUUGGUGGGAUUCCUGAAGAGCCUCCUGUUUGUUGUGUCCCUCUGUGAUGUCUCCUUGGCCAGCAUACAGAGCACCCUCUUAGAACUUGGUUGCGACAGGAACCACCAGGAGACGCUGCUGGCAGCACUCUGGGAGGGUGUUGUUCACGCAUCACCGCUGGUGCGUGCCAAUGCCGCUCGCCUCUUCGAGCUGCUCGUUGCAACAGUGCCGGACACACUUCUCAAGAACCGGGUUGCCCCUGCACUUGUCACUCUUGCAAGCGACCCAGAAAUUUCGGUGAGAGUGGGAACUGUGAGGCCAUUUGGAACCAUUCUGGCAUUGAGUACCCAGAAAGAGCUUUUAGACAAAGCAUUCCUCCAGCUGCAAACAUUCCUUGAAGAUCCCCAGCAUAGGGAUAACCAUUGUAUGCAAGUUGAAUUCAUUCAAAUGUUUGCAUCGCUCGGUCCCAACACGGAGCCUAGGUUUAGGGACGAAUUCAUCCUUCCCCAUCUGGCAGUGCUGGCGAUAAGGAACAACCAAAAUGCCAGCGACUCCUUGAGAGCAGAAGUGGCAGAACUUCUCCUUGAAGCCUACACUGCACUUUCCUGCACUUACAUUCCAGAGCAAGUGAUUUCAGAAGCCUUUCUACCGGGACUCCGUUGCCUGCUGGAAGAUGCCCGACAGGUGGCGCCGUGUCACGAGGCCGCUGUGGCGGCCAUGAUCGGCAACUUUGAAGCCAAGCUGGAUUGCAGCAGAGACAGGACAUCAUCGCUGACAUCGCCCAUAGCAAGCAUGGAAGAGAUGAAACGAAAGAUGACCAAGAUUUUUACCACGCCUCCUGCCAAUGCUCGUGCCAACUUGCCAAAUAUCUUCCAGUUGCGUAAGAAAUGAACUGGUGAACUUCAAAAACCGACAGGACAGCACAAGACAAAAUCUCGUGUUCCAACCAGGCAGUCUGCAGCAAAGAGGCAUCAACACUAACAUCUGUCCACCUCUAGUCCUCACCACAAGAAUGACUUGAAAGAGGAGUGUAUUUUAAAAGCUUACAGCACGCGAAACUAACAUUUUUUUUUAGACUGCUGCAGCUUUGACACAAGCCCCUUGCCCAAGGUUGUGAGACAAAGCCCAUAAUGGAAAGCUUACCAGCAUUCUGCCUGCAGCUUUAUAGAUAGCUAUCUCGAAAACAGAAAUUAUGUAAAUAUAGAUAGGUUGUAUUUUUGGAUGUUCUUUAUACAAGCACAAACUAUGCGAGAUGUAAUAAAGCCAGUCUGCUGGUGCUGUUUCAGGGAGCAAGCAUUGAUGGAUUACAUUGUUAAUAAUGAAGGCAGCACAGAACGGGAUGGGGAGCCUCCAUAUCAGAGCAAACACAAUGCGGGAAAAAAAAUUUAUGCACUUCGCCUCCGUUGUUUUUUUUUUAUAAUGAAUGUGUAGAUUGCAAAGGGAAAGAUUUCCAAGGCUGGUACUUGGAGGUGCACUCUCGAUUUUAUCAACAUUGUUAGGCUUUUUCUAACACCACAACAAGUUUCUUCUGAAGUGUACAUUUUAUUUGUGAAACUAACGAGUCACUUCAUUACAAGUGUUAAACAUAGCAUCAUAUGAACUCUGCUUCAAGAUUACCACGGUGCAUAGCAGUGGUGCUACAUCACGAGGUACGACGCUCUGCGAGUAAUAUCUACGUCAUUCCUCGCACUAAUGAAAGAAGGCCAACAGUUUUGAUUGCAGCGAACACAAAAGCAGUUUUUGUCAAGAGUGUAUUGCAAUACAAAAUGUAAUUUUCAGUGCAUUAAGUAAAGAUCCCUUAAGUAGUGUUUUAACUCCUAUUUAAAAAAAAAUACUUAGGUCAGCUUGUAAAACACCACCACUUGGCACCCUCAACAUCUAAAGCCACGGGACCUAUAUUUAAUGCAUUCAUCAAAAUAGACUGUCAAACCAAAGUGCAAUAGAGAAAGCUUCAUUCAAGUUGCAAAAGGAGAAUGUAUGACUGUGGGCAGGCACAUAUCCAUGAGAGGGAGGGAGGGAGGAGGCCACCAAGCCCGGCCCCCUCUAAAUCGUGGCUACGUGCCUGACUGUGGGACUGGUUGAGGGGUUGCAUGUAGAUCCCUACUAUGCUGGAUACACAAGCUAUGUUUGGGGCAAAAAAAAGUUGGGGAGCUUGUUUCCCUCAGAGCACAAACAAAAUGGCUGUAAAAUGAUAAACCAAAAUGUUUGUCUCUAAUAAAAAAAAUUGGGUAAUGUGUA